GGAGGCGCCACAUCCGGCGGCUGACUCUUCGCGUGUAAAGCCGAGGCCGCUGCAGUCGGCGUCCAGCAGUAGCCCUGGGCUCUUCUCGGCUGCGGGAGCCGCUGCUCCAAUGCCCCACAGCGGCCAUGAGCAUCCCACACUGGUGGGACCAGCUGCGGGCCGGCAGCUCGGAGGUGGAUUGGUGCGAGGACAACUACACCAUCGUGCCUGCCAUCGCCGAGUUCUACAACACGAUCAGCAACGUCUUAUUUUUCGUUUUACCGCCCAUCUGCAUGUGUUUAUUUCGCCAGUACGCAACAUGCUUCAACAGUGGGAUCUACCUAAUAUGGACGCUCUUAGUUGUAGUGGGAAUUGGAUCCGUCUACUUCCAUGCAACCCUAAGUUUCUUGGGUCAGAUGCUCGAUGAACUUGCAAUCCUUUGGGUUCUGAUGUGUGCUCUGGCCAUGUGGUUCCCCAGAAGGUACCUACCAAAGGUCUUUCGGAAUGACAGGGGCAGGUUCAAGGCGGUGGUCUGUGUCCUUUCUGCCGUCACGACAUGCCUGGCGUUUGUCAAGCCCGCCAUCAACAACAUCUCUCUGAUGACCCUCGGGGUUCCUUGCACUGUGCUGCUCAUUGCAGAGCUAAGAAGGUGUGACAACGUGCGUGUCUUCAAGCUGGGCCUUUUCUCGGGCCUCUGGUGGACCCUGGCGCUCUUCUGCUGGAUCAGUGACCGAGCCUUCUGUGAGCUGCUUUCGUCCUUCCACUUUCCCUACCUGCACUGUGUAUGGCACAUCCUCAUCUGCCUUGCUGCCUACCUGGGCUGUGUGUGCUUUGCCUACUUUGAUGCUGCGUCCGAGAUCCCCGAGCAGGGCCCUGUCAUCAAGUUCUGGCCCAGCGAGAAAUGGGCCUUCAUCGGCGUCCCCUACGUGUCCCUCCUGUGUGCCAGCAAGAAAUCACCGGUCAAGAUCACGUGAUGGCAAGGCAGUGGCUGGCUUCUCUGCUUGUUUUCCCUCCUGCACUGGGCUUCGCUUGCCGGCAAAGACAGCCGGUGGUUUGUAGAGUUGGGGGUAGGGUCUGUCUUCUUAGUGUUCUGUUCCCUUGAGCUCUGACUAGCGUGUCUGUGGCCCACCAGGACUGAGGAGGAGGGUCUGCCCCGUUCCCGAAGAUGGAAAGUGCAGAGCUGAGGGCCACCAGGUAGAUCUUCUCAGUGUCCCUUCCAGAUGCAAUGACUGGUUGGGCUGUAUCCUUUGGGAUGGCAGAGCAGUCCCUUGGGGGAGCCUCAUUUCCCAGGAGGAGUUUGCUGCAGACCGCACCGUUCCCAUGGGCUCUCAGAGCGGACGCUCCUGCUGACGGACUCUGACAGGCAAGACAGGCUGACUGAUGGAAGAUGCCAGGGAUUUUCAUUUGGGAAAACAGUCCUAAAAUAAAAGCAAGCCAAUGAAACCCACACAGGACUUGUGGCUGAGGAGGCUACUGGUCCACUCGGAGAAUCUCAGUAACUGGAUUUUACAUGUGCUUGUGAAUCCUUUCUCUACUACCUCUGCUGAGAGACGGGGACUUCAGAGGAGGGUGAAGCUGACGGAAAAACCCUCUGUGCCAAAAGCUACACUCCACUUUAAGCCAUUCUUGAAGAUGAGCACAAUUCCUAAAUGUUGACGUUGUUGCCCCCCCCCCCCCCCAGCCCAGUGGCCUCCAACACACCGAGAAGAAUAGGUGUGUCUGAGCCCUCUGCACACAGACCCCGCUCCUUGCUGCUGAGCUCUGUAAGGUCAAGGCCUUGGGAUGGUCCGGGUGGGGAUCCUAGUUUAACAUCUGGAGCCAACACGAAGUUCUGGAAACUUCUGCUGAUGGGAAGCCUUCUAUUCUGGAAGUCCAGUAUUUCCUGUGGGAGUCGUACUCUGUAGUCUCACAGUACAAGGUGCUUCCUGCAGUUUCUCUGAGCAUCUAACAACUGCUUCUUUCGAGGACCGAGGGGACUACAUGCUGGCUCUUGGGGUUGCUGGUGCAGCGGGCAAAUCUGUUGCCUUCGGAGUUCUUCCUCAGCUCAAAUGACACUGGCUACCACUAACCUCUUCACUAGGCUGAAUGAAGACUCCAGAAUGGUCAUCACGGUGUGUGGGGGGAAUACAGGGCCUCAGGGAUACUCACUGAAGCUCCGACAUCUCCUGCCUUGCAGCAUUCCAUUGUGAAAGAGAGCAGGAUGGAGGUGUCCUUGUGAGGACAGGAGUCGUGUCACCAAGGACCGAAGAGUUGGGCAGUACCAGUCAGUGGCAUGUCUGGGAACUCUUGCUUUAAUUAGAAUUUUGUACAGGAUCUAAGGUGAAAAGUCCAAUAAGGAGCAAUGAACCAAGAGUUUAAAAAUGAAUGACAUUGUUCUCCUCCUGUGGUUUUCAAGUUAUUUUUAGCAGAACCCUAUUUACACUAAGAAAUCUUGAUGGAACCCAAAUGUGAGAAAUGUGUUAUAUCCGUUUAUUUGAAGGUUAAACUUACCUAUUUCCCUAAUACCAUGCAGUGAAAAUGCAAGUUAAAUUGUGGUUUCCAUGGUAAAAAAUUUGGUGUCGAAGAAGUGUACCUGUUUAUUAUGGUUUAAAAAUAUACUUUGAAAAAAGGUAUUUAUGUAUUUGUGGGGUUCUGAUGCACCUCUGAGACCUAGGUGGUUCCAUCUGAGAGUUUUAAAACUGUGGUCUCUAGUUUUUGUUUUUGUUUUUUUUAAAGAUUUUAUUUAUUUGAGAGAGAGGGAACACAAGCAGGGGGAGUGAGAGAGAGAAGCAGGCUUCCUGCUGAGCAGGGAGCCCGAUGUGGGGCUCGAUCCCAGGACCCUGGGAUCAUGACCUGAGCCGAAGGCAGACGCUUAACGACUGAGCCACCCAGGUGCCCCGGUCUCUAGAAUUUUUUAAAGGGAAAUAGCAGUCCUCGUUUCAGAUUAGUUUUACCAGGCAUGGAUUCUGGGCUCAUCCAUUCUGCAGUAUAAAAAUGCUCCAAAGUAGGGGGAAGCUUUGAUGUACUUCAGGCCCAGCUGUCUUAGUGUGGAAGCGUGGAUGAGGAGAGGCAGGGGUGUGGGAAGUGUUUGUGUUAUAUGUGAGGUUUAAUUUCGGUCUUGAGAGUUCCUCAGUGAUGGGAACAUUACAGUUAAGGAGGGACUGUGUCUCCCUAUCAGGUAAAGGGGUGGGUCCCUGAGGAACAUCACCUCCAGCUCUCAACUCUCUGACCUUGCUCUUCUGGAAGUUUCUGAGUGUCCUUUGGAAAUCGGGAUACAACAUGACUGCUGGAAGUAAGGAAAUCAGUGCCCCAACUCACAGAGCUGUUUCCAUCCAUUUUCUACAAGACAAAUGACUUAGUUCAGAUGUCAGAAGGGAUGUUUUUGCUGUUAAAAAAACCCCCAAAAAACCCCUCCCCCCCAAAACAGAAGGCCCUUCUAGAGAUUGGUUUUAAUGAGCUGAGGGCUGAUAAAGAAGUAUGGAAUGGGUAUAUUUGAGGACAAAAACAGAACUCUUGAACAAAAAUCACUCUAGCUUGAUAGCGUGAAGAUGGUAAAUCGAGAAAGUAGGAGUUGAACAGUCUUAUUUGAAGUUAGACUUAUAGCAUAUUUAUAUUUACAUUUAUAUUUAUGAUGCUUUUCUAGCACUAAACACUCUUGAAAGAAAAUUAGAAAACUACAGGAAAGUUGAAGAGAAAAAAAGUCUGUAUUUCUAUUGUCCAAGGACAAUCAUUAAUAUUUUGGUAUUUUGGUGUAUUUUCUUCUCAUCUUCCCCCUUUCUCCCACCGUAGAGUUGUAAAUAGCGGUCUUUUAGAGUGGACAGUUCAUCCGAUAGCUUGAAUGGAAUUUAAAUGCCAGUUGUGUAUUUUUCAGGAGGAGCAGCUUUUGGGAUAUACACCGGUUAGCUAUACACUUGAGAGCUCAUCACUGGAUUCUGACUUACUGCUGAGUCUUCUUUUUAAAUUGAGCCUGACAUGAAUGGGUCCUAAGAAAUAAUGAACUGAAUUCUACUUUUCGAGAGGCCUCUGCUCUUGGAUUGACAGGUCAUGGGAAACCGCUGUUAAAAAUAGGGCUCCACAGGUUUUUGGAUUUAAAAAAAGUGACUAGAUUAAUUGAUGUGCAAUCAAGAAUCUUUGUUUUUUCCCCUAAUAAUGCAGGGACAUGGAGAUUUGAUGUUUGGGAAUUAGUCACAGUGAGUAGCUGCCAUGACCUAUCACAGUUUUGUUCUGCUUAGAUAGAAUUUGCAAGAUCAAGAACUGGCAGGAAUUGGAUCUAAGAUAUUAAACAUUAUCAUCCUAGUUACCAAACAAUCAUUUAAGUCAGUGAUUCUUAUUUUACAGUGUUUAAUUGAAUCUUGAUUUUUAGAAAAAAAUCUUUUCUCUUUAUGAUUAUGAUUAUAUUGUUAGCACUUCAGUGAAUAUAUUUAAGGUGUAUGGGGAAAAGAUACCUGACUCUAUUUGGUAACAGGCUACAUUUUGGGGGAAACUAGCCCUGUCCUUCGGAUGAGUGCCUAAAAUGUUAUUUCUGGACCCAAGAUGUUCUGUUGGGGGAUCUAAGCUUGAUGGUCAUCAAGCACAGACUUUCUGAAAAAUACCGUAACUUGUUCUUUUUAUUGGAUUUCUCAGGUGUUUUAAAACUUCUCACCAGUUCGUCACGCUUAUGUGAGCCAGCACAAUGUUGGAGGCUCUGAGAAUGGGAUGGAGUCUCCUUGGCUCUUCAUCCCUGGGGGCUGACACGCAACCAUCUCUGGGGGGCGGGGGAGGGCUGAAGCUUGUCCAAUGAGCCCCCCCUCUCCUAGCUCCUUUUCCCCAAAUGAGCUUGGAACCUUUCAUUGCCAGCUCUUUGCCUGGGUGCUACCAUUCCAGCUGGCUAAAGAGAAUUGGCAGGCCAGAUUGGGGUUCUCAAUGGAUUUUAAGGACAUUCUCCUACAGAUUAAAAAAAAAAAAAAAGACUAAUUGUUUGGUUUCUUUCUCUCUGUUAAACCAGAUUGAAGACUAUUUUAUAAUCACAGUAUGUAAUCAGAGCAUAUAUAAUAUUUUCAGAUAUCUCUCGUUUUGUACUUUAUACAGUUGUGUGGUAUAAGGGUGUUGUGCUCACUGGUUGUGGUAGCAUUUAGUCUCCAUUGCUUUGGGAGUGAUUUGAAACCUUUUGAAAUGGAGCUUUUGCACUUUAUGCUAUUUUUGUGAGCUGUGACGGUUAUAUUCGAUAUUAAAGCCAGCUGUAAGUGGCAUUUUCUGUGAA